AUGAUAUCGUGUGUAGACUUGUAUCGAAUUAGUGCCCAAAUGUGCAAGGCAUUGGGCAUUACCGAUCAGUCUUUCGGUGGUCUAAGCGUCAUUCUUGCGGGCGAUUUUGCUCAACUGCCUCCUGCGGGUAGGAAUGCGGCUUCUUUGUAUUCAAACAGUGUUGGGCCUUGGUCGAUUGCUAAUACACUGAUCUCGCAGCAAGCUGCCAUCGGUAAGUCAUUAUGGCAUCAGUUUACCACAGUGAUUCUUUUGCGUAGAAAUAUGCGCCAACAAGGGAUGUCCGAAGACGACGUUCGAUUUCGCACUGCAUUGAUAAACAUGAGAUACAAAAGUUGCGACGAAGAUGACAUCGCUCUAUUACGUACUCGGGUCGUUACCGAUGCCAGUGACCCUUUAAGCGAAUGUUUUGCAGAUCCGUGCUUCCGCAACGUUUCUAUCAUCACCGGGUUAAACGCACACCGUGACGUGAUAAACGAAAUGUGUGCCCGGCGUUUUGCGUCUGACAAUAACCUGUCCCUGACACCAUUUUACUCGGUGGAUUCGUGGUCAUCCUCUCCACGUUCAGACUCUAUACGACGUACCCAGCGGAGUUCCGAUUCCACCUGGAAUCCUCGUCGAACUUCCGAUAACGUUACUAGCGAGGUACAGGAUGUUCUCUGGACACUGCCUCCAGCUCUAACUGGCCAUCGCGCUGGCAUCUUGAUGUUGUGUCCCGGAAUGCCUGUGAUGCUGAAGAACAAUGAAGCGACGGAGUUGUGUGCAACCAACGGUGCCGAAGGCUUCGUGUACGAUUGGGACUCUCACCUGGAUGAGCAUGGUCAUUACAUUUUGGACACUCUAUUUGUACGUCUUAAAUCACCUCCCCACACUGUACAGAUUGAAGGGCUUCCUCCAGACGUGAUACCAUUGUCUCGAUCAAAGACACGCGUUAAGUGUAUCCUACCAAAUGAUGCCGCCGUAUAUAUUGAUCGCUUCCAGGUGAAUGUGCUUUUAGACUUCGCAAUGACAGAUUAUUCCUCACAAGGACGCACACGCCCCAUUAAUGUCUGUCACCUCAAAUAUUGCAGAGGUCAUCAGUCGAUGUACACCUGCCUGUCUCGCAGCGCCUCCCUGUCAGGCACUUUAAUACUCGAAGGCUUCGACGCAUCAAAACUACAAGGCGGUAUUAGCGGCGAUUUGCGCCGAGAAUUU